AUGGCGACAGACCCCGAACUUCUGUGGCAGCCCGCCCACCCAGAGAAGGCCCAGGCGAGCCUCUUCCGCGACCACAUCAACAAGAAGUACAACCUGAACUUGGGCUCGUAUGAGGAGCUGUGGAAGUGGUCCUGCAACAACCGUGGCGACUACUGGUCCGAGGUCUGGGAUUGGGAGGGAGUCGUCGGCGACAAGGGCGCUGCUCCCCCGAGCGUCCACGGAGUUCCAUGCGCCAACAACAACAACAUUAGAGAACGCACCACUGACGCCCAGUACGUAGACGAGAAGGCGCUCCCCGUUGACAACCCGAAAUGGUUCCCGAACGCCAAGCUGAACUGGGCCGAGAACCAGCUCCGCCAUGUUAAGGAGCACCCCGACGACGUCGCCAUCAUCGACACGACGGAGCACUGCCCUGGCCACGAGCCCGCUGCGCGCCGUGUGACGCAGAAGGAGCUUUACGACCUCGUGUCCAAGGUGCAGCAGGCGAUGAAGGCUGCGGGUGUGCAGAAGGGUCACCGCGUCGCCUACUGGGGUGUCUCUGUCAAAACUAACAACAGGUCUCUCGGUGCCAUCUUCUCCUCCGCCGCUGCCGACUUUGGUGUCGACGGCGUCAUCGAGCGUCUCGAGCAGAUCAAGCCGCACGUCCUCCUCGUCUCGAACGGGUGUGUGUACAACGCCAAGUCGCACGCGCUCCUCCCCCUCCUGCCCAAGCUGCUCGGCAGCCUGACCCACCCGCCCAAGACGACUGUGCUCAUCAACCACCUCCCCGACGAGCUCAACUCGCAGGCGAACAUUGCCGACUUCAUCGACGGCGGAAACGACGGCUGGACGAGCCUGGUCCGAUGGGACGACUGGGUCGGACAGUACAAGCCGCAGGAGAUCAGCUUUGAGCGUAUCGGAUUCAACGAGCCGAUUUGGAUCCUGUUCUCGAGCGGAACGACGGGCAAGCCAAAGGCUAUUGUGCACCGCCAGGGCGGUAUGCUUAUCGACUCGCUGCGCGAGCACCACAUCCAGGGCGACAUCACGCGCGGUAGCGUCUUCUUCUACUACACGACUCCCGGGUGGAUGAUGUGGCAGUACCUCAUUUCCGGCCUCGGCACUGGCGCCACUGUCCUUCUCUACGACGGCUCGCCGCUGAAGGACCCCGGAUCCCUCUGGCGCAUGGUGGACGAGUACGGCAUCACGCAGUUCGGCACGAGCGCCAAGUACAUCGAGCAGCUGUCCAAGCACUACCCCGAUGUCGGAGCGAAGCACGACCUGAGCACCCUGCGACAGAUCAUGAGCACGGGCUCGCCGCUGCCGCCGCACCUUUUCGACUAUGUCUACGAGAACAUCAAGAAGGACGUGCUCCUCGGCUCCGUCUCGGGCGGCACGGACAUUUGCUCCGUUUUCGCGGGGCGCUGCACCGCGCUCCCCGUGUACAGGGGCGAGAUCCAGGCGCGCAUGCUCGGAUUCGCGCUCGACAGCACCGCGGCGGUCGAGCACGGCGAGGGCGAGCUGAUGGUGCGCCAGGCGUUCCCGAUCGAGCCGGUGGGAUUCUGGCCGCUGCCCGCCGCCUCUCUGCCUGAUGGCGACCUGAUCGCGCCGGCCGACUGCGACGCGGCCGCGCAGCGCUUCAAGGACAGCUACUUCCGCGACGACGGGCUCUGGUACCACGGCGACUUUGUGCAGAUCACGCGCUCGCGCUCGGGCAACGGCGGCGGCCUCGUCUUCCUCGGCCGCUCGGACGGUGUCCUGAACCCGGGCGGCAUCCGGUUCGGCCCCACGGACAUCUACUCUGUGCUCGAGAACCCGGCCUUUGCGGCCAAGGGCGUCGAGGAAACGCUUGUUGUGGGUCUGCUCGUCGACGGCGGCGCGGACGAGAAGGUCAUCCUCUUCGUCAAGAUGCACGAGGGCAAGACGCUCGACGACGAGCUCGUCAAGCUCAUCAAGACCUCGAUCCGCGCAGCCAGGUCCGCCAGACAUGUGCCCGCCAAGAUUCUCCAGGUUUCCGACAUUCCGAUGACGCUGACAGGGAAGAAGAUCGAGGUCCCCAUCCGCAAGGUCAUCAAUGGCGCGCCGACCUCGAGCAUCAACCCCGCCACGCUCAGGAAUCCGGAGUGUCUCGAGGAAUAUGCAAAGCUCGGGUACGAGAUGAGGAAAGAGGAGGGCAUGCUUGACCACAAGGACGGCACCCUCAACUAA